AUGGAUUCAGAAAUUCCAAACUUUGGCGACCUUCUUCAACAAAUUAGAACCAAACUGUGGAUAGCUGGCAUCAACUACGAGUGCCCUCAAAAUUACUACCGGUUUUAUAUUCUCAUCGUUAAUUUGACAAUCGUGGCGUCACAAGAAGUUUUAUUCUUUAUCAAAUACGCGACGUUCGAUAAUUUUCUUAAAAUAACCCAAGUUAUACCUUGCACAUGCACUUGUAUCAUUACACUUGUCAAAUGUUCAUCACUCUUGAUUAAAAGGAAAGAAAUAAAUGAACUUGCAAAUUACCUGCAAGAAUUAUAUGACCUAAUUUUGAUGGAUGAAAAAAAGAAGAAGUUAGUGCGUAAUGAGAUGAUCUUCAUCAAAAAAAUGAUCAAGACGUUAAACAUUUUGAAUUUAGUUCUCAUCGUCAUAUAUAAUUUCUCGUCACCAUUUCUGAUGCUUUACAUUUACAUGAGAAAGAAUGAAGUUAUAUUCGACUUGCCGUUUCCAGUGGCAACGCCUUUUGAAAUUGAUUGGUGGCUGCCAUGGUUAGUUGAAUAUCUUUUGUCCAUCAUUGCAGGUUUUUAUUGCGUCCUCCUUUUUGUUACCUUUGACGCAACCUACUUCCUUCUAAGCACUACUGUUUACAUAAAUUUCACGGUACUGGCUGAAACUAUUAGUAAACUUAAUGGUAGAGGAAGUACAAAGGCUCUUAAGGAUGUAAUACAACAGCAUCAACACAUUAUCAGAUUAUCAAAAAUACUUGAUGACAUUUUUAAUGUUCCAAAUUUUUUUAAUGUAAUGUUAGGAUCUCUUGAGAUUUGCUUCUUAGGAUUUACUAUUAUGAUGGGCACUUGGACGCAAAUACCACAGUGUGUUUUUCUAUUAUUCUCCAUCCUUCUUCAACUUCUAAUGAUGAGCUAUUUCGGAGAAAACAUUAUGACUGAGAGCAGAAAAGUGGGGGAUGCGGCGUUUCAGUGUUGCUGGUAUUCUAUGGAUGAACAAUCUAAAAAAAUGAUACAAUUUAUCAUAUCACGAUCUCAGAAACCGCAGCAUUUAACAGGGUACAAAAUAACGAAAAUAUCCUACGCCAGUUUUACUACAAUAAUAAGCAAGUCAUGGUCGUACUUCUCAAUUCUCAGGACUGUUUAUAAAGCACCCAGCAGUUCUACUUAA